AUGGAGAAGAAGACCACCCAUCUCUUCUUUUUCACUCUCCUCCUCUCCCUCUCCCUCUGCUCCGCCCUUGACCACCAGACCCUCCUCCUCUCCCCCCUCCCCUCCGCCCCCUCUCUCUCCCAACCCGAAUCCUUCUCCGAAACAACAUCCGAACCCGACUCCGACCCAUCCUCCCUCUCCCUCCCUCUCCACCACCUCGACGCCCUCUCCUCCGACCAAACCCCCUCCCAACUCUUCCACCUCCGCCUCCGCCGCGACUCCCUCCGCUUCAACUCCCUCACCUCCCUCGCCUACAACCGCACCCGACCCGGCCCAUCCUCCGGCUUCAGCUCCUCCAUCGUCUCCGGCCUCUCCCAAGGAAGCGGCGAAUACUUCACCCGCAUCGGCGUCGGCUCUCCCCCCAAAUACCUCUACAUGGUCCUCGACACCGGCUCCGACGUCGUCUGGCUCCAAUGCGCCCCUUGUAAACGCUGCUACUCCCAAACCGACCUGGUUUUCGACCCGAGAAAAUCCUCCUCCUACUCCUCCCUCCCUUGCUCCUCCCCUCUCUGCCGCCGCCUCGACUCCCCCGGCUGCAGCUCAAAGUCCAAAACCUGCCUCUACCAAGUCUCCUACGGCGACGGCUCCUUCACCUUCGGCGACUUCUCCACCGAAACCCUCACCUUCCGCCGCUCCAAAGUCCCCAAAGUCGCCCUCGGCUGCGGCCACGACAACGAAGGCCUCUUCGUCGGCGCCGCCGGCCUCCUCGGCCUCGGCCGCGGCAAGCUCUCCUUUCCUACCCAGACCGGCUCACGCUUCAACUCCAAAUUCUCCUACUGCCUCGUCGACCGCUCCGCCUCCUCCAAACCCUCCUCCGUCGUCUUCGGCGACUCCGCCGUCUCCCGCACCGCCCGCUUCACUCCUCUCGUCCCAAACCCUAAGCUCGACACUUUCUACUACAUCGAGCUCCUCGGUAUCAGCGUCGGCGGGACACGUGUCCGGGGAAUCACGGCCUCGCUGUUUAAACUCGACCCUUCCGGAAACGGCGGCGUCAUUAUCGACUCGGGUACGUCCGUCACCCGGUUGACCCGAUCCGCUUACAUCUCAUUAAGAGACGCUUUCCGGGCGGGUGCCCGAUCUCUAAAACGGGCGCCCGAGUUUUCGCUCUUCGACACUUGCUUUGAUCUAUCUGGGAAGACGGAGGUGAAGGUUCCGACGGUGGUGCUGCAUUUCCGCGGCGCUGACGUGUCGCUUCCGGCGACGAACUACCUGAUUCCGGUGGAUAGCAGCGGCACGUUCUGCUUUGCUUUUGCGGGUACGACGGGCGGGUUGUCCAUAAUCGGGAAUAUCCAGCAGCAAGGGUUUCGGGUGGUUUAUGACUUGGCGGGUAAGCGGGUCGGGUUUGCUCCACGUGGGUGCGCUUAAGUUUUGGUAGUUGUGUACUACAGUGUGUAAUGGGAAACAGGAAAGCCUCUUUCCUUGACUUGUCUCUAUUUUAUUUUUUCUCUUUUUCUUUUUUAAGAUGAGAAAUCAAAAGAGGAGAAUAGAAGAAAAUUAUUUCUUGCAUCAAGGUGUAGGAAUGCUGAUUACUUGCAAGGUUAGGGACGAUGUUAUCUUGAAUUGUAAUGUGUUAACUUGAUAUAUAUUGUUGAUGUUUUUACGAUUUUAUAUGAUUGUCUAAUGUAGCUUGAUUUU